AUGCUUAAAUUACACAAAAGAGAAGAACUUCUAGAAAUUCUCUAAAGAAGAUCAUAAUUAAAUAAUGAACUCUCCAAACUUUAGAGAAGUGCUCUAAUACAAUUAGAUAAUUACAAAACUGAAGAUUUAUAAUCUAAUCAAAUAGCUCCUGGAGGUAGUCCAUCUAAUAUUAGAAUCAAUCUUUAAUAAUUUACUCUUCCUAAAAUAUAACAGACAACUAAAAUCAAAACUAAUAAAUAUAUUGGAGAAUACAAUAAUGUGUUAGGUAUAAUUACAAGUAAGCAUUAAAUUCCUUAUCGAAAUUGUACAUAUAGAAGUGCUUCUUAUUAUCAUAAUAAUUCAGAACAAUUUAUAGAAAAAUAAAAUUACGUGAUAAAUUAAUUUAUUCGUCCAAGGAAAUUGGGAUCGUUAAGAUGA